AUGGGUUAUUGGCAAAGUACUGGUGAUAGUGUGAAUCUGGACGCGCAAACCAAAACCAAAAAAGAGCCAAAACAUCUCUUUCAAAGCAAAAUUGUUGUUUUGUACUGGUUAAAAGAGCUUAAGGACUUAAAACUUAGAAGGCAACUUUAUUUCGUCAAAGGGAAUCUUUCUGAGAAUUUUAAUCAUAAAGAAAUAAUGAGUGAAGUAAACGUAGCAGGCGUUAUAAGCAUUAUUGUUUUUUAUUUACUCAUUCUUUCGACUGGAUUAUACGCUGCAUGGAGGAAGAAACAGAACUCGCAAAAAGCUAUCACUACCGAUGAAAAAACCACAGAGGUUAUUUUAGCUGGCAGAAAUAUAAGUCUGUUUGUAGGAUGCUGCACAAUGACAGCUACGUGGGUUGGUGGUGGUUAUAUUAAUGGUACCGCCGAGUCGGUUUAUACUUCUGGUUUAUCAUGGGCGCAAGCGCCAUGGGGGUAUGCACAAUUUUGUUUUGUUUCUCCAAUAGGUGGAUUGUUUUUUGCCAAACCAAUGCGAGAAGCAAACUACAUGACCAUGCUGGACCCUUUGCAAGAGAGAUAUGGUAAAAAAAUGGGAGCAUUGUUGUAUAUACCUGCUUUUCUUGGUGAAACAUUUUAUACCGGCUCAAUACUAGCAGCUUUGGGUGCAACAUUAGCAGUUAUUCUUGGACUAAAUAUGACUGUAUCAGUUAUCAUAUCUGCAUUCAUUGCUGUUGGGUAUACUUUAUUUGGAGGAUUGUAUGCUGUCGCUUUCACAGACGUUAUCCAACUGGCCUGCAUUACAGUGGGUUUAUGGUUAGCUGUCCCCUUUGCCUUAACCCAUGAUAAAGUCAAUAGCAUUGUUGACACAGGCAGUGCUUGGUUGGGAACAAUCGAACCAAAUAGUGCUGGACUAUGGACUGAUUAUUCCAUACUCAUAGUAAGUUCUUAUUCUUAUUUUAAUCUUUCCUUUUCGGAAGUCACAAAACACAACUUGGAUAAUUCUUGCCUUCAUUAGAUCUGUGGAGGCAUACCAUGGCAAGUUUACUACCAAAGAGUGUUAUCAUCAAAGACUCCCCGCCAGGCUCAACUUUUAUCUUUCAUCGCAUCAUUUGGUUGUUUCAUGUCUGCAUUACCGCCUGUUUUGAUUGGGGCUGCAGCAAAAUCUUUAGGUGGGCGUUUAAUAAUAAUGUAAAAUGUUGUAGAACUUCUUUUUAUUUAGUUAUAAAAAGAUGUGCAAUAUUAGUAAAAAACAUAUUAAUAAUUUAGUCUUUUGGCUUCCCGAGAAAGGAUUAAAAAGAAAUUCAAGGAUGUACUCAACGGUUUUGGUUCAUGGAUUAAAUGAAGUUCUCAAAACUUAAUUAUGAUUUAUUUAGAUUGGACAAACAUCACUAAUGCAGAUGCCAAUCUUGUGGAUGCUAAUGGAACAAUCAUUGAUACACGAAUGGUUCUUCCUAUGGUGCUUCAGUACUUAACCCCUGGUUGGGUGUCUUUUAUUGGUUUGGGAGCUAUCUCUGCUGCAGUGAUGUCGUCUGCCGAUUCAUCAGUUUUGUCAGCUAGUUCAAUGUUUGGGCAUAAUAUUUAUAAGACAAUCUUUAAGCCUAACGUGAGUGACAAGUAAAAUCAUUUUUGAAUAUUCAAGAUAUUAUCUAAUAAUAUAGCAUUGCAUUCCCCCAAUUGUAAACAGUAAGCGUUUGGUUGCGUUGUUA